UUUCAACACGGAAAGAUGCAAAUACUAAAGUUUUCUGUGCUUUUGAUGUUUGUGACACUUACUGCAGGACACCUUGACUUUCUGGUAAACUUCCAUGGAAGAAGGUGCAUUCUUGACCCGUCCUACCUAAGGAACGAUGAGGAAACUACCGAAGUACCAUCAACACUGUGUAAAGCCCUCUGCUUCGAAAAUUAUGAUUGGACUACAUUUGAUUGCUUUGAGCCAAAGGUCUCCGCAGGCUGCACACUAGGAGAGCGAAAAUAUCCCGUAGACAAUUAUCCGAAGUGUUGUGAACGCUAUGAAAUUUGCACCGACAAACGCGGAGAAAAUGCCAAAAAAUAGAAAAUAUCUAGAAAGCUUUAAGAGUAAAAUCUUAAAUGCAUUAAUCAAUUCAUUGAAGAUAAUCUUUGCUUGACUAAUACCGAGAAUAAGCGUAAAAAAUAUUAUUGAUUUCGAAUAAA